AUGAACAACCAUGAUGUACCAGGCAAACGUCUGCUCGUUCAGAUAGCGUCGUACAAUACCAACUUACAAGCUCAACGUGGAUUACCCCAAGACUUGGUGGAUUGGCUGUCUCCUACCUUGCAUGUAUCAACAUUUUUAUCCCGUCAACCCAGAGCUCCAGACAUCGUUGCGGUUGGAUUCCAAGAGCUUUUACCUUUACACCUCGGUCUGAGCGGAUUUUCAGGUCGAGUUAUCGACGACCGAGAGUCCCACAUUCGAAAUCAAAUCGAGGCCAACUCUCCCAAUCAAGAAAAGUUCUCAUCCGUCGCAAAGAUAGUCAAUGCCGGUGUCGCGUUACUAGUGUACGCUCGCGACGACGGCAUAGGGAGAAAGGUAUGCGACGUGCAAACUGCAUGGACAGGUUGUGGUCCAGGUUAUAUGGGUAACAAGGGCGCAGUUGGCGUCAGAUUUCGCGUACCAGAUGAAGACGGCGGUGUUGGAGAAACAUAUACUUUUAUAUGUGCACACCUAACUGCGCACGAAGAAUACCUUGCCAACAGAAUUGCUGAUUACCAUCACAUCGUUGGCACCCUACUGUUCCCGCCGGUCCCUGGAUCAGAAUCGGACGAACCGUCGACGAUAUACGCUACGAGUCACUUAUUCUUUUUCGGUGACCUGAAUUUCCGCGUUAGCGUUCCCGAGUCGCAUCCACUUGCAGGUACCCUUUCUAGUGACAUUCCUACGGCUAUGAACACGGAAGAAACCCGCGAACAGCUCAAGGAAUUCGAUCAACUCCUCGUCGAGCAGAGAAAGGGCACUGCGUUCGUUGGCUUGCGAGAAGGCGAGUUCUGGAAGUUCAAAUGCAGUUAUAAAUACAAGCUUGGCGCUGUAGAUGAAUACAGUACGAAACGGGUACCGUCAUGGACUGACAGAAUUCUCUACACAACCUACUCCGACUCCUCAGACACUCGAGAGGUGUCAAACAUCACCAAUUGCAUUUAUACGUCCAUCCCUUCCUACACUACCUCUGACCACAAACCUAUUGUAUCUUUACUUCUGCUGCCCCCCGGGUCUGUUGACACCCAAGGAUCCCCCUCUACAACUCCUCCCCUUAUAAGACUUCCAAGCACAUAUUCUCCGAAACCCGAUCCCAAAGCUAAUCUGAAACGGUACAUGGGACGGUGCCUAGACCGACCUAUAGGAAUUUUAUGGUGGUUAUUCACCGUCAUUGGCGCUGGAACCGCCGUUGUGGGCGUUUUCAACUUCCUGAUUGGCGUGGGUGUGUGGAGUUGGUGGAAACGUUCCAGCAGUGCUGUAUAG